AUGACCCCCAAGGUCAACGGCGUCAAAAUCGAUGUAGCCUCCGUCUCAACCUCGCCGCUGUCAGGCGGAAGCAAACGCGGAAGCAAACGCGGAAGCAAACAGGGUUCCCCGGGUGUCCAUGAUGGCACUACUGAGACGGCCAGCAGCGAGGAAGAGGCGAGCGCGGAGUCUGGUCUCAGUGCUGACGAAGCUGCCGUCCGCGAUGCCCACCUGAAACUCCUCCGGCGAGUCCCUGGGCUGGACGAACUCAACGAGAUCCAAACGGCGCCCCUUUUCACCGAGUCGGUCCGGAAGUAUGCCGCUUCGCUGGCUUCUGCCAACAAGCAGCAGCCGUUCAGCCAGUACGGUCUCUUGGCUGGCGAUAUGUCGGGGACAGCUAGCGACGAUGCUUCUUUUGACCCCCGGGUUUUCUGGAACAUCGCUGCGCCCUCAAGCUUCUUCAUAUGCGGCAGUCAGGGCUCGGGCAAGAGCCAUACGCUCUCUUGUCUGCUCGAGAACGCCCUGGCACCCUGCUCGGCCAACGUGUUGCCUCGGCCCCUGACGGGUAUCGUGUUUCAUUACGACACGUUCAUUUCUGACUCUGGCGGCUCCCCUUGUGAGGCUGCUUGGCUGUCGUCUAACCCCGACAUCAAGGUGCGGGUCCUGUGCCCACCGACGAACAUCGGGACCAUGCGGCGCCUCUACAAACAGUUCCCGAAUAUCACGGUCGAGGAGCUGCGGCUCAACGAGUCAGACCUCAACACCAAGCGGAUGCUAGACCUGAUGGCCGUCAGUUCAAACGGCAACCUCCCACUGUAUCUCCAUGUAAUUCAACGCAUCCUACGCGAGCUGCGAGUAGAGCAGCAGCAACAGGACACGCCGUUCAACUACGGCAAGUUCAAGGAACGCCUCCAUCUGGAAAACCUCACGGAGAUGCAGCUGGCCCCGCUAAAACAGCGUCUCGAAACCCUUGAGUCUUUCAUGAUUGAGUCGCAGGCCAAAUCCUACAACAUGUUCAACGGUCCGCACCCUUCGCGGCCUCAACAACCCCAACCCCCCCAACAAAAAGGCACCUCCUGGGCCCCCCACAACGGCCACCUCACCAUCGUCGACCUGUCCUGCCCCUGCGUGACCCCCGAGAUGGCCUGCUCUCUCUUCAACAUCUGCCUCUCCCUCUUCCUCGAACAAGACCCAACCGCCGUGGGGCGCGUGAUCGCCCUAGACGAAGCCCACAAAUACAUGACCGAGUCCCAGGAGUGCGCCACCCUCACGGAGUCGCUGCUGGCGACCAUCCGGCUGCAGCGCCAUCUCGGCGCGCGCGUGCUCAUUUCUACGCAGGAACCGACUAUUAGUCCGAAACUGCUGGAUUUGUGCAGUGUGACGGCUGUGCAUCGGUUUACGUCGCCGGAUUGGUUGAGUGCGUUGAAGAAACAUCUUGCGGGGGUGUCGGCGGGGGGGAGGAUGUUGGAGAAGGCGAGGAAGUUGACCCUGGGUGGGGGUGGUGAUGCGGAAGAAGAAGGGGUAGAUGGCGUGGGGUCGCUGACGCUGGGGGAGGUUGACCCGGCGUUGGAGCUGUUCGCGAAGAUUGUGGAUUUGAAGGUUGGAGAGGCGUUGGUGUUUGCGCCGAGUGCUAUUGUGGGCGUUCAUACGAAGGCGGCUGGAGGGCAGGCCGAUGGGGCGAAGGUGAUUCGGCGGUUGGCGCAUGGGGUGUUGAAGGUUCGGAUUCGAGGCCGGACGACUGCCGAUGGUGGGCGCAGUAUCAUGGCCGGUUGA